UAAGUGGUAACACUGAAUUAAACGUCAAUCGCCGCUCGCUUGUCAAAAAUCUACAACAAGGAUGGAAUGCUGAAUUUGUGAUUUUUCAUACUUUAAUUCUUUUAAUCCUAAAUAUCUGACAAGUAAAGUAAUUUCGUAUGAUUACUUGUAGAAAUACAUGAUUUAAUUAUAGAAAAAGUGUAGUGAAAAAAUUACACAAGAUGGACGUAGUCGGCAGUGAAAUUGGUCAAAAAAUGCGGUCGGCCAUCAAGGCCAAACUCACCGAGUUGGGCUGCUAUGUUGCAGAUGAUGAGCUACCUGACUAUGUUAUGGUCAUGGUGGCAAACAAACGGACCAGGAGUCAGAUGGAAGAUGAUCUGCAGCUAUUCCUCGGGGACAACACAGAGCUGUUUGUGAACUGGUUGCAUCAGGUUCUGAAGAAGCUUCAAGAAGUCACUGUUACUGCACCACUUAAAAGUGCUGAAUCUGAAGUGCCACAAGAAAGGACUCAAUCAAAAGAUCGUAAAUCGAAAGACAAGAAAACAAAAGAUAAGUCAAAGAAAGGUGACACAAAAAAGGCUAAAAAGAAAGAGAAGUUAAAACUCCACAAGAAAAUUGACAAAAAAGCACACAAAAGCAAGAAGAAAAGCAAGCAUCAUGAAAUGAUACGUCCAAACAUACCUCCACUACUUAUGAACAUGGAGAAAGAUGCUGAGCCAUCAAUCACAGAUGUAUUUGCUGGACAGAUAUUGAAGAAUCAUGGAAUUAUCCUUGAUCAGCCAAAAGAACAGAAGGAGGUAGUUGAUAAGAAACCAAUUUUGAAGGAAAUAAAGAGACCAAUACUGCCCAUAAUAGAUCCAGCAACAAUUCCAUCUCAAUCUGACCCAAGUCAAACAGAAGAUAGUAAUAAGGCUGUAGAAUCAUCUGUGGUUCCAACUUUGUCAGCAUUAAGCAGGGAACAGCAUUUGAAAGAGAUGAAUAUGAUAGAAGAUAAAAUGCAAGGUUUAAAACAGAAAUUGGAAGAGCAGCUAGAAGCCAUGUCUGAUGAGGAUGAAGAUUUCUUGAACAUCAGGACUGAAGCUGAUGAACUGAUGAAUGAUUUUGUUGAAGAUGUUUUUCAAGAGGUUUCACAACCCCCCAUGCAAGCUGCCGUAACUGCUACGCCUCCUUUAAAACCAAAUUCGCCGCCACAACCACAAAUUAAGCCUACAGUUCCUGUCGAACCCCCUAAAGAAUUAGUGGAAACUUUACCACAAAUUGAGCUUAAAUUGCCCAAAAGGACUAUAAGAGAGAAAUUGGGGACGCGAGAGGAAAUAAAAAAGGCUAAAGAACCGAAAAAAACGGAACCAGAUAAACGGACAGAGAGUCCUGAAAGAUUCACGCCAGAGAGACAGCCCGAGGCGAGACCUCAAAGUAAAUCUGUCAAAACUCGUAUCAAUGAAGUGCAAGAUACACAGAGAAAAGUUUCAUCAAAUGAUGCUGUAACUGAUAAAAGUGAAACCACCUCUAGGAAACUGACAUCUAGGGUGUCGGUGCUGGAGAGCCGGUGCGCGAGCGUGGUGCGCGUGCGCCCGCGGCCGCGCGUGGGCGCGCCCGCCUCCAGCCUGCUGCUGCGCGCCGUCGCCGACGCGCACAAGAGUCUGCUCAAUAUACCACCAAAACCGGAGCUGGAUUCGCAGAAAGUGAAACGUGCACUAGUGCUGCCAAUGCGGCGGACGGUUGAACCACAAAAAAUUGUGAUACAAGUGCCGGCGCGCAGCUUGAACGUGCAGGUGGAUGCGGAAAUGGACGCGGACAGACAUGGCGACACCAUCAGCCUAGGGGAGUUGGACAGCGAUGAUGAUAAAGCCUUUAAAGAACUAAGCGACACAGAGAAAGAAGAGUACAUCCCCGCUCCUAUAACAAAGAAAAUAACCAACACAGAGUAUGUGCCUUCGCGACGGAAUGAAGUGAGGACUUCCACCAGGAAAGAUGAUACACUCAACAUUGAGACUAUCAAUAUUCAUAAUCCAACAAUAGACAAAGACAGAAAUACCCAAUUCAUAGUAACAAUGGAUGGAUAUGAUCCUAACGCGUUUCUUGCUAAAAAACUACUAAACGAAGGACUAUUGAAUGAAGAUGAUAAGAUAACCAAGUCAAAGGAUAAAAGAAAGGAAAUAACCAAAGAUAAACCACAAGAGACAAAGAGGUCCAGUCAAACGUCACCUCAAACCAGUAAUGUUCAAAAGAAACGCCUUAGUAAUGAAAGUGAAGAGAGUGACACGCAAGUUGUAAUAAAAAAAGAAGAAGACAAGCUAAAAACAGUAGAGCAAAAAAUUAAAGAUGAAGUGCAAGGAAAGAAAAGGAAAGGAUCGCCGAUAGUGUUCGAUGUUGGAAAGAAAGAGAAAGACAUGGAACGGGAGAGAGUGAGAACAGAGAGUGCGAGCAGUGAUAAUCAUGUCACAGUUACUACCACUACGAAUACUCACAAAUACGAUACGGUGCCUCCGCUUUCACAAGCGGAACGUAAACUAGUGUGGUGCCGCUCGUUCCCGUUGUGUCGAUACGGUUCAGCAUGCGCGUUCGCUCACCCGCGCUGCAAGUUCCUGGCGGCGUGCACGCGCCGCUCGUGCGUGUACUCGCACGCGCACAACGCGCCCACAGCCGCGCCGGCGCCCGUGUCGCCUGUGCUGGCAUCUCAUGUGGUCCCAGCGGCUAAUUACAAAACAAUAUCGUCAGUAGGUGUACCGGGGAUGUGUAAAUACUACCCAGGAUGCGCCAACCCCGCGUGCCAUUACUACCAUCCGAAGCCGUGCCGCUACGGCAAGAACUGCGUCAACAAACUAGAGUGCAAUUUCUAUCACCAUGAUGUGCCCACAAAAUGGAAAUAUCCUAUUUAAUCUAUUUAAAAAGUUUUGUAAAUAAAUAUUAAAUGAACUGAGA